CGGGCGCGCCGGGGGAGUGGAGAUGGGAGCGCCGCCCCGGCGGGAGGGGACACGGGGGGACAGCCGGGGAGGCGGCCGGGCGGCUGUCGCAACCCGGGGCAUCGCUGCUGUCGCGGCGGGCUGAGCCCGGCCGGGGAGCGCCAUGGCCCAGCCGCAGCCGGCCGAGCCCGGGGCAGCGCCCGCGGGGCCGGAGCUGCCGGCGGGGAGCGGCCCCGUGCAGAUCCGAGUGGCCGUCCAGGCGGCCGCCGAGGAGGAGGAGGAGGAGGAAGAGGAGGAAGGGGGCGGCGGGGCGCCGUGCCCCAGCUGCAGCGAGGAGGACUCGGGGCGGUGCGGGCGCUCCAGUGGUGGGGAAAAUGAUGAUGACUCUGACCAGAACUGGAAACCACCAGAAAAUGACCUGAUCCAGAAGUUAAUAGCACAGAUUGAGUAUUACUUCUCAGAUGAGAACCUUGAGAAAGACGCCUUCCUUCUGAAGCAUGUGAGAAGAAAUAAGAUGGGCUAUGUCAGUGUUAAACUCCUCACUUCAUUUAAGAAGGUAAAACACCUCACCCGUGACUGGAGAACCACAGCCUACGCACUGAAGUACUCCAGCACUCUGGAGCUCAACGAUGAUAACAAAAAGGUUCGAAGAAAUACUCCAGUUCCAGUGUUCCCAAGUGAAAAUGUCCCUACCAGGAUGCUACUGGUGUAUGAUAUCCACACGAUUUCUGAGCUGCAGGCCCUUAACAAAGAGGAAAAUGGAUGCAUGCAAGAAAGGAUAAUGGAGCACCUCCUCAAAGCCUUUGUAACCUUUGGUGUAAUUUCAUCAGUCCGUAUUCUCAAGCCUGGCAGGGAUCUCCCACCUGAUAUCAGGCGGGUCAGCAGUCGGUACACCCAGCUGGGAACCCAGGAAUGUGCAAUUGUAGAAUUUGAAGAAGUAGAAGCCGCCGUGCGUGCCCAUGAUUUCAUGUGUGCUCAAAACAAAGAGAUCAGCAUGAAGGUUGUCCUAAUAGGCAUGAAACCACCAAAGAAAAAAGUUCCCAAAGACAAGAACCGUGAUGAAGACACCAGCAAGAGCCUUAAGAAGUCUCGAUCCCUUAACAAGAGAGUUGAGGAACUUCAGUUUGCUGGUGAUGAAUCUUCAGCAAACAGCUCCUCUGACCCCGAGAGCAAUCCUACAUCACCGCUGUCGGGACGCAAACGUACCACAGCAAAUACUGGCAGCAAUUUGAGCCCCGUCAUCCACCCAAACAACCAUUUGAGUCCUAAUAUGUCACCCAGAUCAAGUCCUUGGAACAGCCCAUCUUCACUAAGAAAAGUAACCAAAAAAUCUCCGCUGGCUGAAGACAGCAAGCUUAACCCAAGCACUAGCCCUGAAAUUCCAAGGAAAUACACUGAUUAUUCCUCAGAUAGCAGCAUCACUCCCUCUGGGAGCCCCUGGGUGCAGAGAAGAAAAGCCCAAACUCUGACACAAGAGAAGAGUCCUGUCAGCAGUCCCAUGUUGGUUGGGAAAAUACAGAACGCAGAUGGUCUCCCUGUAGGGGUGCUGCGGCUGCCUAAAGGUCCUGAUGGCACCAAAGGAUUCCACAACGGCUGUGAAAGAAGGAAGGCGAUGAAAGGGGAAUAGACUGUUCUUUAAAAACAGUUUCACAAAUCAGCCAGCUGCUGCUGACCAAGCCUGGUGAAAAACUGUCGCUUGAGUGACUCAGUUAAGUCAGUAUUUAAUUUUAAAAGCUUUUGUAUUUAUAUAGAGACUUUAUCAUUUGUAUAUUUGUAUAUUUUCUUCACAGAACAGAUGAGGCUGGAAGGCAUCUCUGGAGAUUGCCCAGUCCACCUCCUUUGCUGAAGCUACAAGUCACUGAUAGGUUUGAGUGUCUGCAAGGCCAGACUCCCCAGCCUGUCUGGGUGAUGUGUUCCCAUGUUCAACCACCCACACAGAACCAGUCUGUGCCCCUUUUCCCGUGACUGGGUAAUGCUGAGAAGUGCCUGGCUCCAUCUUCUUUACUUCUUCUCAUCAGGUAUUUAUAAACCUUGAUGAGAUCCUCCCCCAGAGCCCUCUCCACUCCAAUCUAACCAGUGCCCGCUCUCUAGGCCUCGCAGGAGGGACAUGCCAGCCUUUUAAUCAGCUGAAUCACUUAGCUAAUUAAUGCAGGGCCCUUACCUGCAUCCAUUCUUCUUAAUGUAUUAUUUUGAAACACCUAAAUACUCAAGCAGGCAUAUAAAUCAUUGAUGUAAGUACAUCAUUUGCCAGGCUGGGAUCCUGAGGAGCAGUGUGUACUUACAGGUUGUAUUAUGAAAAGCUGUGGAAUGUUACCAGUCUCAUCAUAAGGAACUGAGGUUUGGAAGACUUCCUGUGUUUGCCUCAGAAGAAACUGAGAAACCAGUGAAUGCCACAGUGAGCAGUUGUUCUCACACACAUCACCAAAGCAGUAUUGUUCAAAAGGACCAGUGUGCAUUUUUAUGACUAAAGACUGAGCACUGGAGACUGCUCUGGAAGUGUUCUGUUGUAUAAUCAGAUGGAAAUAAAAAUAUUAACUCUA